AUGUGUAUUGAGAGGAUUGAGUUCGAUGGCUUCUUGUUCCAUGUUCUGGCUGGGAUUAUGAUGGAGAUGACUAUGAACAUAGUGGAUACAAAGCCUAUGGAACAGAUGUUUAUCAACCUCCUGUUAGGUCUAGAGAGAGAAGAAGAAGAAGAAGAAGAAGAAGAAGAAGAAGAAGAAGAAGAAAAAGAAAAAGAAGAAAAAGAAGAAUAA